AUGGAAGACAUGGAGCGGCUCAAGAAGCAACGGAAGUCCGAAAGCUUUCUGGAAGGCAAAGCGAAUACUCUGUUGCAAUUGAACCGCGAGAUCCAGGCUGUCGCCCCUGAGGAUUUACUGGAAGCCGAAUGUGACGACUGCGACAGGUAUCUUGAGCCCAUAACAGAAACUACCGUGCUUGUCAGAAGUGCUCUGGCCUCAAUCGUGUUGCUAUCGCCUGCUUUACCGUCGAGCACAGCCAGUACUACUUCACAGCCACAGUCAUCGGGCGACACCGCCAACUCCUUGCACACCCCCAAUGUAUCGGGCGACGGAGCAAGUUUGCCGAAGCUAAGGAUCGAUAGUUUCAAUGGUGUUGUCUCCAUGUGGCAAGGAUUUUGGGACCAGUUUCGUGCGAGCAUACACGACAACCCCCGACUGUCUGCUGUCACGAAGCUCAAGUACCUGGUGUCUCUUCUCACAGGACCGGCGGCUCGAUCCAUCGCAGGUUUGGCAAUCACCGACGCCACUUAUUCAACAGCAGUCGACAUGCUAAAGAAGCGAUUUGGUAGAGAUGACCUUCUGAUCAGCCAGCAUCUAGACUCGCUUUUCGACAUCAAAGGUCUCAAGUCUAUGGAUGACGUGGCGGGGCUGCGAACUCUGCACGACGCGGUAUCCAUUUGCAUUCAGGGAUGGCUGCUGCUGCAUCGUGGAACCAUAGUGUACAUGUCGCGAGUAGGACGCUAUAUCUAA